CGCCUGGCAACAGCCUUCCGCCAACAAAAGGAAAACAAAACACGAUUCCAAACACGUUUUGGAGCCAUUUUCUCAUUUUCCCAGGGAUUUAACCAAGCCUGUCCGGAAAAGGACAGAGUCGAGGACGCGCCAUGACAGCUGUAUCAAACCCCAUCGUUGCUCCUCUGACGGGCAUAGACUUCCUCGCCGCCUCUCACUUCAAGAUCGCUCAGGAACCGUCCGCCACCCCCGAUGCCCUUCACAGCGUCUUCAAGCACGACUACAAGGCUCCGUACCAAUGGCGGAGACAGAGCGCCUCCGAGCCGCCCAGACCCGCCCAGUUCAUGCACGCGGACACCGGCAAGAUCGGGGUGAAAAUCUCCGAGACUCGCCAGGCCUUUCCGGAAAAGAGGUCGGAGAAGAUGGAACUCAAGGACAAGUACACUUCCCUACAGGCCACCAACUUCAAGUCUGACGCCGACAAACGUAUCGACAGUUUCCAGACCACCAACACCGCCUAUUUCCCCGCCAAGCCGCUGUCUGUCACCAAGCCCUCCAAGGACCCACAUGAGAGGAUGACGAGUUACAUUCCUCAGGGAGACAAGGAGAAGGCGCCCAACCCGGUGUCUGACUACAGGGAUUCCUUCCAGGGACACGACACUGCCAAUGUAGUCACCCAGAAGGCACCCAACAUGCACACUUCUGGUCCCCCCACCAUUCUGGGUGAUGAUCGUACACACAGUUUUGCCACCACCAGUACCAGAGCAUUCGAUGGACAGUGGCUGCCACCUGUUGAACCAGUCCCCAAGCAAACACGGUCGUCUGUGCCCAUGGGUGACCCCUUCAAAGUGAAGCACGAGUUCACCACGAAGCAGGUGUCCUUCCAGGCCCACCCCAGCGCCCAGAUGAAGGGGUACGACAGGAGCGGCACCAUGGGAAAACUGCAGGUCACCAACUUCAAACUGGGGGACGGGAACGGGAGAUACCUCAGUACAGCUGCUGAGUCCUACACACCCAUGUGGGGAGGAGAGAGAUGCGACAUUCCCAAGCACAAGAGGAACGACAGCAGUCUGCCACAGGGUGACCUUGACCCAUACAGGUCACAGGAACGGACCAACACAACCACCAACAGGUGGUACCUUCAAAAGCAUGAUCUCAGUGGUCGUGCCAAGCCCAUCAGCGGCGCCGCCUUGAGGACCAAAAGCACGGUGCAGCUGAACGAGCCACCUCUGGACGGCCGCUUCUACAGCACCACCAACGCCUCCACAUUCACCCCCAAGUCUGUACCCUACGCCAGGGUGAGGGGAGGACAGCCGAGUGUCGUGCCCCUGGACUACUACGGGGAUGCUAAGACUGACCCUACCUCCUGGAGUGAUUUCCCCUCCCAUGUGAGGGACAACAGAGUACCUGUGAUGAGACCCAACCCUGAGGCACUGGACAAUUUGCGGGACGCCCACUUCGGACCACCACUUGGCGGAGAACGCUACUUUGAAACGACACAUCGCAAGUCCUACCCUGCUAAAACCAUGGAUAGAAUCAAUGUUAUCCCUGGAACACUUCAGAAGAGUUCUGUCCCACUGGGGACUUUAGGGAAAUACAUUGCUGGUUACCAUGUAUAAAGAUCACAUGUAUCACAUUAUACUACUAGUAAUAUGAACUGAAAUAUUCUGAAGAUUUUUUGUGUAUAUUGGAACAAUUUAUGGAUAAAGAUCAAAUCUAAAAUUAGUCAGUCUUAACUGAUGCUAUAUUCAGUUUGGAUACAGUCAAAGGGUAUAUACAGUGUUUUGUAUAUAUUACAGUCAAAGUUUAAUGUAAAUAUGAAGUUUUUUUUCACUGAUGCUAUUUCAUCAAGUCACUA